GUAAAAUGAAACAUUUUUUCUGUGCUCACGGAUAUUAGUUUUGAGUUAUAAAAUAGUAGUAAUGUAUGAGUAAGUACUAUAUAAGAAAGUAAGAAACAGCUCAUUAUCAUCACAAUAACAACCACUACAAUCAUCUAAAGAAAAAGAUGGAAGUAGUAAACAAAAUUGAUCAAGAAAAUCAAGCGAAAAUCUGGAAAAUAAUCUACGGUUUUUCCGAGUCAUUAGUUCUCAAAUGUGCAGUUCAACUAGAGAUUGCUGAAACUAUUCAUAACCAUGGAAAGCCAAUAUCUUUAUCUGAAUUAGCUUCUAAACUUACCGUUCAACCUGUUAAUUCAGAUCGUUUGUUCCGUAUUAUGCGUUACUUGGUUCACAUGAAAUUAUUCAACACAGAAGUUUCUUCACUUAAUGGUGGAAUCGCCUACUCGUUAGCUCCACCAGCAAAAUAUUUGAUAAGAGGUUGGGAAAAAUCAAUGGUUGCUUCGAUUUUAGCAAUGAAUGAUAAAGAUUUGUUAGCUCCAUGGCAUCAUUUAAAUGAAGGUUUAACUGGUAAUUGUAACGCUUUCGAGAAAGCGUUGGGAAAGAGUAUUUGGGUUUACAUGAGUGUAAAUCCUGAAAAGAACCAACUUUUUAAUGAAGCAAUGGCGUGCGAUAGUAAAUUAGUUAAUUCAGCUUUGGUUAGUGAAUGCAAAAGUGUUUUCUGUGAUGGAACUAAAACCUUAGUUGACGUUGGUGGUGGUACUGGUGCUGCUAUGAUGGCGAUUUCGGAAGCUUUCCCGAAUAUUAAGUGCACAAUCUUUGAUCUUCCGCAUGUUAUAGCUGAAUCUCCUGAAAUGCCAAAUAUUACGAAAAUUUCAGGUGAUAUGUUCGAGUCUGUUCCUAGUGCUGGUGCCAUCUUUAUGAAGAACAUCCUUCAUGAUUGGGACGAUGACGAAUGCAUUCAAAUUUUAAGGCGAUGCAAAGAAGCACUACCACGAGGAGGGAAAGUUAUUAUCGUUGAUAUAGUAUUGGAUGUUGCGGAUUCGGUUCAUCCGUUUUCAAAGAUUAGACUUGCAUCUGACUUGGAUAUGAUGCUUAACACUGGAGGAAAAGAGAGAACUGAAAAAGAAAUGAAGAAACUUAUUGAUGCCGCGGGUUUUGCUAGCUACAAGAUUACUCAAAUGUCCGCAGUUCAAUCUGUAAUUGAGGUUUAUCCUUAAUGAAGGAUCAUUUUAUCCUGUUUUUCUUUGUUACGAAUAAGUAUAUCAUGUUUUCGCUACAAUUGUAAUUUUCUUUUCUGAAUGUUGUUAUGUAGUAACCAAAAACUGCAAAGAGAAUAUGAAUGCAUGUUUGAGUUUGUUUUU